AUGUCUCUGUGUCACUGUUGCUCCAUGUCGCACACCUUAGCACACACCAGACCUCUCCUCUCAUGACUGGAAAACUCUCCUGCAACCUCUUACACCACUGAGUCCAAACUGCACACUGAGGAUAAUGUUACCCUGUUUAAAUGUUGCUGUGGUCCUUUGUCUUCUGCAGGUCCUCUGCAUCACUGCAGACAUCGACACUGGCUCUUUCCUGAUCUACAACGAGAACCACAACAAGUGCAUAAAGGUGGAGAGCGCCACCUCUGUAACAGUGGCGCCCUGUGAUCCUCAUGCCAAAAACCAGCAGUUUAGUUGGGCCUCCGAAUCGCGUGUCCUUAGCCUGUCCCUCAAGCUCUGUCUGGGGGCCACAGAGAUUAAAGACUGGGUGAAGGUGGUCCUCUAUGAGUGUGAUGAGAGCAGUGUGCUCCAACACUGGCAGUGCAAGAAUGAGACCCUCUUUGGCCUGAAAGACCAGGACCUGCACUUAAACUGGGGCAACCGCAAUGAGAGGAACAUAAUGAUCUACAAAGGCUCCGGGCUCUGGAGUCGCUGGAGGAUAUUUGGAACCAAAAGGGACCUUUGUUCGAAGGGGUUUCAAGAGGUUUUCACAAUAGGGGGCAAUGCCUUUGGAGUCCCCUGUCUGUUCCCAUUUAAAUUCGAGGAAAAGUGGUACGCUGAAUGCACAAAGGACGGUCGCUCAGACGGACAGCUGUGGUGUGCAACAGAGAGAGAUUAUGAUAAAACCAUGAAGUGGGGCUUUUGUCCCACCAAAGCCACCUCAGGUUGGGACACUGACCCGGUCACAGGGGUCGAGUAUCAGAGGAACGUACAGUCAGUGUUGACGUGGCAUCAGGCCAGGAAGAGCUGCCAGCAGCAAGGAGCCGACCUCCUCAGCAUCGUAGAGCUGCAUGAGCAGUCGUACAUCUCAGGAUUGACAAGCACUUUGGGGACAUCUCUGUGGAUCGGACUGAACAGCCUGGAUUUUGAGAGCGGAUGGCAGUGGAGCAACGGGAACCCCUUCAGAUAUUUAAACUGGGCUCCAGGUCAUCCGUCAUCAGAGCCCGGACUCACCUGUGCAACCCUAAAUGCUGCAAAAGCCUCAAAAUGGGAAAGCAGCGCCUGCACCAAGAAACUCGGUUACAUUUGUCGAAAAGGAAAUUCCACCAGCCUGCCUCCACCACCAAGUAAAGACCAGCCCAGCUUCUGCCCCAGUCACUGGGUUCCAUAUGCAGGUAACUGUUACUACCUGGAGAGGACUAAAAAGAUGUGGAGGGACGCUCUGGCUGCGUGUCACAAAGAGGGAGGAGAUCUGGCCAGCAUACUUAAUAUAGAGGAGCAGAGCUUCAUCAUAUCUCAAUCUGGAUACUUGCCGACAGAUGUGCUCUGGAUCGGCUUGAACGAUCAGAGGAACCAGAUGUUGUUUGAAUGGUCCGAUCGCUCUCACGUUACCUUCACCCAGUGGCAGACUGGCGAGCCGUCGCACGCCACCAACCUCCAGGAAGACUGUGUCCUCAUCAGAGGAAAGGACGGGAGGUGGGCUGACCACAUGUGUGAGAAGUCGUUUGGAUACAUCUGUAAGAAAAAGGCGUCCACGAGACCAGCUGAAGGCACCCAUGAGGAGGCGAACCCAGGCUGCAAGCUUGGCUCGAUCAGACAUGGCUCUUAUUGUUACAACAUUGGAUCAGAGAAAAAGACCUUUGAUGAUGCAAAGCGGGCAUGCUCAGAGGCUGGUGGUCACAUUGUGGAUGUGGGUGAUAGAUAUGAGAAUGCUUUCUUGGUCAGUUUGGUGGGUUUGAGACCAGAGAAGUAUUUCUGGACAGGUUUAUCGAACAAAGAUGACAUAAAAACCUUCAAGUGGACCACCAGAAGAAAAGUCACGUUCACGCAUUUCAAUGUGGGCAUGCCAGACAGACACCAAGGAUGUGUUGCCAUGACAACUGGGAUUUUUGCUGGAUUAUGGGAUGUUGUUAGCUGCAGCAACAAGGAGAAGUACAUCUGCAAGAAACCAGCAGAGGGUGUAAUGGUAACGACAGUCCCACCAACUACCCCGGCCCUGAGCUGUGAGUCCGGGUGGUACCCCACUUCCAGGAGGAGCAUCUGCUACAAACUUUACAAAAAACCAAUGAGCCUUAAGAAGACUUGGCAAGAAGCACAAGACUUCUGCAGGGCCAUCGGUGGAGACCUGCUAAGCAUACACAGCUCAAGCGACCUGAGCAACAAUCCGUUUUACUCUAGUAAAGCCUGGAUCGGCCUUAGCCUCGGGACCAAUGCAGGCUUUGGAUGGAGUGAUGGCUCCCCUUUUGAGCAUGAGAACUGGGGCUUCGGGGAACCAAACAACCACAAUGACCAAGAACACUGUGUAGAAGUCAACUUUUACUACGGACGGCACUGGAAUGAUCGGCACUGUGAAUCCUACAACGACUGGAUCUGCCAGAUACGCAAAGGUGUGACUCCCAAACCUGAGCCUGUCGUAGCCACACCAGUUUUUAACACCACAGAAGACGGCUGGCUGAUAUACAAUGACACACAGUAUUUCAUCAACAAUGACAAGCUGGACAUGGAAGCUGCUAGAGCCGUCUGCAAAAAGAGCUUUGGUGAUCUAGCGGUCAUUACAGCGGAGAGCGAGAGGAAGUUCCUCUGGAGACGGAUAGCAAAAGGCACAGAAGGACAGUACUACAUUGGCAUGACUGUAAAUCUGGAUAGAUCAUUUAGCUGGGUGGAUGGCAGCCCUGUAAUAUACACCGCAUGGGAACACAAUGAGCCCAACUUUGCUAAUAACGAUGAAAACUGUGUGACCAUAUAUAAGAGCAUGGGGUACUGGAAUGAUAUUAACUGUGGUAUGGAGCUGCCAUCUAUUUGCAAAAGAAACAGUAAUUUUGUCAAUACAACAAUGGCCCCAACCACCAUACCUAAGGGAGGAUGUGCACCAGAGUGGAUAGCUUUCCAAGGAAAGUGCUACAGAAUAGUUGUGGGGAAUGACAUGAAGAACUGGCAGCAGGCCAGGACGUACUGCCAGAACCAGGGAGGAAAUCUGGUUUCUGUCGUCAACGAGAAAGAGCAAGCCUUCCUGACAAUGCAGAUGCUGAAACAUGACAAAGAUUUGUGGAUCGGCAUGAAUGAUGUCAACUGGGAGAUGCACUUCGUGUGGACAGACGGCAAAGGCAUCACAUACACCAACUGGGCAAAAGGGCAUCCAGCAUCAGUGCCUGAUGGAAUUUAUCUAACUUUGGAUGAGAUGUUUGACUGUGUGGUUAUGGUGGGCGGCAGCGGCAAAACUACAGGGUCCUGGAAGGUCGCAGACUGUCACUCAAAACAUGGCUUCAUCUGCAAAAGAAAUGUUGAUUCUCAAAUUGCAGUCCCGGCCACAACUGUGUCACCAAAGAAUUUCUACAAACUUGGCAAUGACUCCUACAAACUUGUGACCCAGAAGAUGAGAUGGGAUGAGGCGAGGAGGCAGUGCCAAGCAGAUGAUGCAGAUCUGGCCAGUAUCCUGAACCCCAUAAUGCAGGCAUACAUCACCUUGCAGAUCUCUAAGCACAAUGAGCCUGUAUGGAUCGGUCUCAACAGCAAUGUGACUGGUGGGCGGUACAAGUGGGUCGAUAACUGGCAUCUAUCUUAUACCAAAUGGGGCAAAAAUGAGCCUAAAGACAACUAUGGCUGUGUAUAUAUGGACGUGGACAGAAAAUGGAAGACAGGACCAUGUACCACUACCUACUUUUCCCUUUGCAAGAGGUCACAAGACAUAGCACCAACCGAGCCUCCACAGCUCCCCGGCAAGUGUCCAGAACCAAAGAAACGAAAAACCUGGAUACCUUUCAGAGGCCACUGUUACUCCUUCCUCAGCUCAGUGGUGGAUAACUGGGCCCAUGCCUCAGUUGAAUGUCUGAAAAUGGGAGCUUCUCUGGUGAGUAUAGAGGACCCUCAGGAGAGUCUGUUCAUACAACAGAACGUGGAGCUUUUGCAGGACGAAUCCAAGGCCUUCUGGCUCGGCCUCUACAAGACUCAUGAAGACGAAUGGAUGUGGAUUGAUAACAGCGCUGUGGACUACACCAACUGGAAAACAGGGCUGUCAAAGUCAGAGUCAUGUGUUGUCAUUAACUCAGAGACUGGACUGUGGGGCACAGCCAGCUGCAGCAGAUACAAGUCUUACAUAUGCAAAACAGCCAAAGUUAUUAUACCUACAGAGAAGCCUCCAGCUGUUGCUCACGUUGUUAAAGAACCCUCUCAUGGGUCUGCUGGCAUCACUGUGGCUGUAAUACUAGUCGUAAUCGCUGUGAUCGGACUUGGUGCCUUCCUCCUCUUCCGUAAACGGAUACCCACGCCCGUAUUGGGAGAAAGCACCUUUGACAACAAAUUAUACUUUAACAAUCCAAUACGAGCCCCUGUAGACACUAAAGUUCUUGUGGCCAACAUAGAGCAGAAUGAACAAGCAUAAUGAGGCGAGAGAUCAGUGGUAAUCAGCACUAUGAAGAUGAUGGUUUUAUACUUUGUUUUGGAUCACUUUACUGGGAACUGAAUGUCAAACAAACCCUGUGGUGUUUUUCAAUUUAAAGAUAAUGAUUCAUAAUUAUUAUAUAAUAAUUCAUACAAGCACUGGCACUGCACUAAGUGAAUGAGGGACAAGAUAAUAUGAGUGAACAAUCUAUAGCAAAAUUUACAUGAUUAUGUGAUUUGUGUAAUGUGUACAGUUUAUUUUUUACUUUUACCAAUCAAGAUAAUCAUUUGUAGGGCAAACACCAGUUAAAAGUAUGCUUGUAAGGAUGCUUCAUUAAUGCAAUUAUCGGAUUUUUCUCAUCUGGGUUGCUUGUUAUUUUUCCCCACGGGCUGCUCACCAGCCUGUUUCUGGCUCACAACAUUGUAAAUAGAAGCUCAAUAAAAGAAAUAAAAUAAA